AUGGACGCAUCUCGAGAAGAACUUGUCGAGCUUCUCAAAUCCCUCGGCAUCGUCCUACCUCCAAAGACCAAGUUGCCCUCGGAAGCCCUCAACACCCGCCUCCUCAAAGCCCUCGACUCCACACAACGCAUCUCCAAGUUCCUUCCUCCCAAUUCUUCAUCCUCCGACGGGAAACUCAACCCGGCUGAGCUCUCAAAAUGGUCUCGCACGUCCUCAGAGAAACUGUUGAAAGCAGUCGAGAGGCACAACAUGCAGGAGGCGACGAUGGUGGCGAACUCGCAGUCGGGCAUGGGACCCAGCGAUCCGUUCCCGCUCUAUGCGAAUCCGUUCAUGGAUGUGAGGCAGACGAUGAUGAGUAUUGGGAACUUGUGGGAUACGGGGUGUUCGGCGGCGUUGAUGCAGAACCAAGAGGGUACUUCUGGGAUUGCGUUUCGGAUUGUAGAUGUUUACGAGUUCGACGCUCAAACCCCUAUACUCGUUGUCCUCUACAAACACGCCACAGAAGAAGACCCUAGCGCCGCAUUCGAAUCUAUCUGCUGGAUGCAGGACCAAGUUACCAAGGGCCACACCGUCCCCUCAGCGCGCAAACAGUCCACGACGCCAGCCGGCAUCCAAAUCACUGCCUCCACCCAAGAACAACAACUUCUCCUUCGUAUCCUUGCGUCAAACAGCAAACGCAUAGCGCCGUCAUACAAGCCGAAGAGGGACCCGAAGUUGGAGAGGACGUUUACGCUAUCGUUUUUGGUUCCCGUUGGUCCGUUGAGCGCGAAGGACCUAGGGACGUACUGUAAGAAUGACGGGUGUAACGUGUGCGGCGAGCAGGGAAAGAGACAGUGCUCGAGGUGCCAUACGAUUCGGUACUGCAGUGAAGAAUGCCAGAAGUUCGACUGGAAAGCGCACAAAGCCCUCUGUGCCUCCCUUAAGGGCGCCACCUGGGAGACAGUCAACUUCAAGCUGCAGACGGCAACGGGCCAGCCAUUGUACGCCAUGGCUGUCAACCGCUUCACGAACUUCGCUGAAGAGAAAGAAGAGAUGGACGAGAAGAUGGAACGCGUAAAGCUAGGUCUUCCUCCGCCGAACUCGCACGGCACGUCGCCUUUCAUCGUCAAGGUGCAGGUAGACGCGGCCACGACGUCGAUGUUGAUCUAUGACAGAAGGAGGGUGUUUGAGGCCCAGAUCCUGAAGGAAGAAGGAGCGUGGAUGAGGAUCACACAGAAGGUGCGGAGUAAGGGGUGGAAUGGGCUGAAGUUGUUUUGUUGGGCGGUGAGAAGGAGCGACUGGGAGCUUGAUAUCUGUGUGGAUGCGUUCCCAGAGUGGCAGCAGUGGUGA